AAGUGGACGGGGCGGGACAACCAAGGCUUUAAACGGGAAGUGAAAGACUGGUGACAAAAAUAUGCCUUUAAAGGCCUGAUUGUGUUUAUUAUUGCAUCUUUAUCAAGACACGGUGCCGAAAAUGCAGACAGUAAGGAGACGUCGACUCAACGAUUCGACCGUUGACACGCCAACAGAAAUGAGCGACAACAUGACACAGAAGAAAAAGGCGCACUUCCAUUCAGACUUGUGGCUCUACCUGACCCUGCAGAACUGGAUUCUGGACUUUGGAAGGCCGAUUGUCAUGCUCCUGCUUCCGCUCCACUGGUUCCCCCUGAAUAAGCCGAGCGCUGGAGACUACUUCCACAUGGCCUACAAUGUGAUCACACCAUUCCUCAUGCUCAGGUUGAUAGAGCGCAGUCCGAGGGCGCCGCCUGGCUCGGCAGUGUACCUGUGCAUCAUCACCUUUGUCAUGGGCGCCAGCAUCCACCUGGUGGGAGACUCCAUCAAUCACAGACUGGUCCUGAGUGGCUACCAGCUCCAUCUGUCAGUCCGAGACAAUCCCAUCAUGAGAGACCUCCAGCCCGCCACACUGAUUGACUCCUUUGAGUUGCUGUAUUACUAUGAUGAACACCUUGGCCAUCUCAUGUGGUACAUUCCCUUCUUCAUCAUUCUCCUCAUUUACUUCACUGGAUGUUUCACUGAGAUGGAGGACAAGAUUCCAGCGUCAGGCAAGCUGCUGCUCGCUCCAAGCGCGCUCUACUAUUGGUACUUGGUCACUGAAGGACAGAUCACCGAACUCUUCCUUGUCACCUUCUUCGCCAUGAUCGCCAUGGUGAUGCAGCAAAGGUAUAAAGGCCUCAGCCCGGACAGCAAUGGCCGCUUCUUGUUCUACACUUUCUGUCUUACUGGCCUGUUGGUGACACUCUGGGUGGUCUGCCUGUGGAACGACCCCGUGCUGCGCAACAAGUACCCCGGCUUAAUGUACGUGCCGGAACCCUGGGCCUACUACACGCUACACGUAAACAAAAGCCACUGAAGCUCGAUUCAUCAUUCAUCAGCUCAAUAAAUAACAACAAGACAUUGGUAUCAGGACAUGUGGAAGAUCUGGGUUCAUAUCUCCUUGUGGAGUUUGCAUCUUCUCCCCGUGCAUGCAUGCCCCCCCCCCCCAUUCCAAAAACAUGCUAGCUUGAUUGGCCACUCCAAAUUGUCCAUAGGUAUGAAUGUGAGUGUGAAUGGUUGUUUGUCUAUAUGUGCCCUGUGAUUGGCUGGCCACCAGUCAAGGGGGGACCCCGCCUCUCACAUCAAGACAGCUGUGAUAGGCUCCAGCACCCCCACCUGCGUGAGGAUAAUCGGUAGAAAAUGAUUAUGAUAUCAACACAUUGGGCUGCUCCUGUUGUUGAUAGAGUGUGGGACUUUACACUGGUGGGGUGCGGGAACUUGGCAGGGUGGGGUGAGUCUUCAAGGCUGGCAAUGCCAUCAUUGGUGGAGCGGCGGCAAACGUAGUCCGGAUGCUACGAUACAUUCAAGGCACUGAAUGUAGUGUAGUGUCAACCAAUAGAAAAGGAGAAGGAGCCGUUACCAUGACUACUCGUACUUCUUUGACCCGGGUGACCUGUGGGAGGACCUGUCGAUCCAGGAUGGGACUACACCACCACUACGCCACCAAAGACUCACCUUUGGAAGCCAGUGUGUGUGUGUGUGUGAUGUCUCCAUGGAGAGGUACUCAUGAUGGCCAAGGGGAAAAGGCGAUGACAACCAUAGAAAGGUCAACUGCACUUUUGAUGUAAGGAAAGUGGAAAAAGUAGAAAGAAGAAGAAAGUAGACAUCCUUGUAAUAUUAGUGAAUUAUUGAAUCAGUCCAAGUAGGAUGAGGCCAAUUUUCAAGGGAACUAAUAUCUGAUAUGGUAUCUAUGACUAAAGCAACAGCCUAGCAUGACCAUGGAUCAUAUACACAUAUGUACUUUUUCACUUUGACCUCUAUCUAUCCACACUUGACCCUGAAUGCACCUCGGGUAAACGUCAGUUUACAGAAUAAUGUCAUCGUGUGCUAAUUACGGCUAUU